UCACUGUCAAGUGUCAUCAGUCAGCUUGUCUAUGGCAACGAUUGUUGAAGUAUCAUAAAUUCUUAUUCGUCCUGCACGCACAAGGUUUGUGCGUAUAUUGUUUGGUCUUGUCCUUAAAUUUCUUCGAAGUCCCUACACACAAGCAAGAUGGGUAGGGAGGACAAGGCUUCUUGGAAAUCUAACUAUUUUACCAAGAUUAUCCAACUCCUGGAUGAGUAUCCUAAAUGUUUUAUUGUCGGGGCAGACAAUGUCGGUUCCACUCAAAUGCAGCAGAUUCGUAUCUCUCUGCGAGGGCACAGCAUUGUGCUCAUGGGCAAAAACACGAUGAUGCGAAAGGCUAUCAAAGACCAUUUGGAGGCUAACCCUGCAUUAGAACAGCUUUUGCCCCACAUUAAGGGAAAUGUCGGUUUUGUAUUUACCCGUGGAGAUCUUGUUGAGGUUCGUGAUAAAUUGCUUGAGAACAAGGUUCGUGCCCCUGCCAGGCCUGGAGCCAUUGCUCCAUUGGAGGUCAUCAUUCCUGCACACAACACUGGUCUAGGUCCUGAGAAGACUGCUUUCUUCCAGGCCCUUUCUAUCCCCACUAAAAUUUCUAAGGGUACUAUUGAAAUCAUCAAUGAUGUACAUAUUUUAAAGCCUGGUGACAAGGUUGGAGCUUCUGAAGCUACCCUUCUGAACAUGUUGAACAUCUCUCCAUUCUCAUAUGGUCUUGUUGUAAAGCAGGUCUAUGAUUCUGGCACCAUCUUUGCCCCAUCUAUACUGGACAUCAAGCCAGAAGAUCUCCGUGCCAAAUUCAUGGCUGGAGUUGCUAAUGUGGCUGCUGUGUCUCUGUGCAUUGGCUACCCAACUGUGGCCUCCGCUCCUCACUCCAUCGCCAAUGGAUUCAAGAACUUACUCGCUAUUGCUGCUGUUACUGAUGUUGAAUUCAAGGAAGCUACUACCAUCAAAGAGUACAUCAAGGACCCAAGCAAGUUCAUAGCAACAGCUGCGGUCGCAGCUCCAGCCGCAGCCGCGCCAGCUGACAAGAAGGAAGAGGCCAAGGAAGAGAAGGAAGAUUCCGCCAGUGACGAUGACAUGGGCUUCGGUCUCUUUGACUAAACACGGUUUUUACUCCUUGACAUUAAAAAAUCUGUGGCUACUCAUCCGUUUUGCGCCGCCGGGUUGGACGCCCAUAUGGCGGCCUCUAACGUCUGAAUAAAGCUACUCAGCUGAA